UCCUCCAAGAAUCCUGGUACCUUUCUUCUCCGCGACGCUCCGUUCAGAAAUCGAAAUCGAGAAUCUCAUUCAUACAUUGGUUUUCAACCGGGAAUCUCGAACAUUGAUCCCGUCGCUGAGCGGCGGAUCGGAGCUACGAAUAGAGAACGCGGUUUCGACCUUUGGAUCGGAGAUUUUUGAUUAUGAAACCACCGCACGAGGAAUGGGUCGAUGGGUCUUGGACCGUGGACUGCGUUUGCGGUGUGAGAUUCGACGAUGGUAAAGAGAUGGUGAACUGCGAUGAAUGUGGUGUUUGGGUUCACACGUGGUGCUCACGUUACGUUAAAGGAGAUGAUGAUCUCUUUGCUUGUCACAAGUGCAAGAUCAAAACCAAUAAGUUGAGUUUAUUGAAUCAUCAAGGCUGUACCUUUCCGAUGAGUCAGAGUUUCAGGGCGUGUACAGAGAUCCCGAUUGAAGAAAGGGUUCAUGUUCAUGGAGUACCAGGUGGGGAUUCGGCUCUGUUGGAAGGUUUCUCCUCGGUUUUCUCUCGUCAGCUGUGGAAAUGUACUGGUUACGUGCCUAAGAAGUUUAGGUUGCAGUGGAGAGAGUUUCCUUGUUGGGAUGAUCACAUGGGGGGUCAAGAAGAUAGUUCUGAUGGAGUUUUGUUUGAAGAAAAUGAUGCAGACGUGGUUGGUACCAACGACGAGAAGCUGCUUGGUGGAGAAGAAAGAGGAAUGGAGAUGAAGCGUUAUCAGAGUGAUGAUGUUACUAAAGAGAAGAGCUUGCUGUGUUCUUUGAGUACAGAUAAUAGGAGAAGAGAAGAUUGAGUAAAGAAGAAGGUCAAAGUUGAGGACGAAGAGGAAGCUGAUAAGAACGAUUUGGUGGGCAAAAUAACCACAAUUAAGAGAUAAAGGAGAAUGAGGCCUAGGAAAAGAUAACCACAAUUAAAAAUAUUGACUGCUUUGUACAAGAGAACUCUGUGCCAAUGCUUGGGUUUCUUUCAUAUCACUAGUUUAUAAUUCAGAUUUAUUCACAAAGGAGUUAAUGGUUUUCAUGUCUUUACAGUUAACUAGAGUUGCAGGAUACUAUGGAUUACUUGUCU